AUGAGUCUCGAGGAGAUCGCAGAGCAAGUGUCACAGCAGCUCUGGAUGCUGAAACUGGAAGAGCUCAAAGACGGGAAGGCCUACCACCAAGGGUUCCUGGAGGAGGAAAGCAGACCACUCACCGCCUUCAUAACGCCGUGGGGUCUGUAUGAGUGGAUCAGGAUUCCCUUCGGCCUCUCCUCAGCGCCUGCAGAGUUCCAGCGCAGCAUGGAGGAGUGUCUAGCAGACACAGAGGACUCUGACAGUGAAGCUGAGUGGCAAGUCAUCAUCUCAGAGCCAAUAGAAAGUUCCGCUCCAGCAAAACAUCGACGGAGAACAAAUGCAGAGGAGUUCCAUCCACAACAAACCCCUAGACAUCGAGACACAAGCAUCAAGGAGGAACAUCACUCUGGAAGGGCACCCGAAGGUCAGCUGAGCAGCGAUGACGUCAGAGGAGUCGAGCAGGCGGCGAUGGAGCAGGAUGAGCCGGGGGACGGUUGUGUGGUGGACGAGUGCCCAGCAGCCGCAUCUGAUGAAGCAGAUGAUCCAGCCACCCUGAGACAGUAUCCUUCUCGAUUCAGAAAACCACCUAAGACCUUUACCUAUAACACAUUAGGUCAGCCUUCUCUUACGUAA